AUGGAGACCGUUCUGGUUGUCGGAGCCACUGGCAACAUUGGCGUGUCUGCUGUCAAAGCUGCUCUUAACACUGGGCGAAACGUCAUCGCCGUGACAGCGCCACAGGACAAUACUGACAGUGGGAUAGUCGGAGCUUUCGACCUUACGCCUCGCAUUACCGAUAUCAGCACCGAGGCGUUCCGGAAGAUUAUGAAUGUUAAUCUUGAGGCCAACUUUUUCGCAUACAGAGCCACAACUCCGUAUCUUCUUAAGCAGAAGUAUAGAAAGAGCACCUGGACCCUUAUGACCGGUGCCGCAGGUGACAGUGGUUGGGCUGGCGUGACUGCCAUCAGUCAGGGAGCGCUCUUCUCCCUUGCCAAUAUCGCUUGUCGAGAAUUAGCCGAGACCAACAUUCGUUCCAACGAGGUCUGGCUCGCGUUUCGAGUUAAGCAUGAUAAGAUGGCGGCAAAGAACGGAAGUAUCGGAUCAUUUGCCUUGGCUCCCUAUUACGAGCAGAUUCUUUCUCGACCAGAGAUAUCCGCCAACAGGGUUCGCCUUGCGAAGCCAGCCGACAUUAGCAGUUUUACAUGGUCUAAGAAGUUUGUUUAA